AUGUCUUUCCCUCACAGUGACGUGGUGCGAGUCCGAGCUGUAGUGAUGACCCGCGACGACUCCAGUGGGGGCUGGGUGCCGCUGGGAGGGCCCGGCCUCAGCCACGUUGUGAUCCGCCGGAUCCCGCACUCCGACGAGAGCGGCCAGCUCCGCUUCCUGAUCCAGGGAGAGAGGAUCCGGGAUCAGACGAUCAUCCUGGAAUGUGGCUUGAAGAAAGACCUGGUUUACAACAAGGUGAAUCCCAUCUUCCACCAUUGGAAAGUCGACGACCUGAAGUUUGGCCUCACCUUCCAGAGUCCAGCCGAUGCCAUCAGCUUCGAGACGAGCAUUAAGAGCUCCAUCGAGGAACUGCUGGAAGGGUCUCUGAGCUCCUCGUCGUCUGCACACAGUGAGGCUGGUGCUCCAGAAGACCUCACUGCAACACUGACCGACAGCGAGUCCUCAGCCAAUAGCCAGAAGGAGAUGCUGCCAAAACAUGUCACCAUAGUAACCAGCCAAUCCUCAUCCAGCUGCUACAUCUGGUCCCCAGCUUCCGAUCACUUCCGGCUUGGAGUCACACCGGGAACUGCACAUCCCAACCAGUCCACCCCAUCACCCCCCUCCCCCAAUCCCCCAACCCCCAGUCCCCCCACCCCUCACCCCUCCCCCAAAUACCCAGUCCAGAGCCAGCCGCUGCAGGGCAGCAGCUCGAGAGCGGAGGAUGAGGGGGAGAACGCUAGGCCGUGCAGAGACCCCGGGCCGGCGAAGGGUUACGAGGAUUACCGGAGAGCGGCGCUGGGCGGCCGGGAGGCUGGCAAGGUGGACCUGCGCGUGCACUUCGCGAAGGGUGAGGGGCAGGCAGCGGGGAGCCCGCGAUCGGAGUGCCCGCUGAAGGAGGCGAAAGGCUCACCGGCCUGUCACAUCGACACGGUCCCCGUGAGCGUCCUGAAGAAGGGGAAUGGAGGUGGAGGUGGAGGUGGAGGAGGAGGGCCCAGCGCAGUGGGCGAUGAGGAUGCGGCUCCUUCCCGCUGCAUUUACUGCCGGGACGUGUUCCAGGACAACGGGCCUGGGAGGUGCCGGGACGCCCCAGAUCCAGCAGAUCGGUGUGUUCGGCAGCUCAGCUGCAUGUGGUGUGCGGAGUCCAUGCUGUACCACUGUAUGUCUGACUCUGAGGGCGAUUACUCUGACCCCUGCACGUGCGAGGCAGGUAGCCGUCACCAUCUGUGUGCCCGCUGGCUGGCGCUCCUCGCCCUGUCUACUGUCGCGCCCUGUAUGUGCUGUUACCUACCCCUGAGGGCCUGCCAUCACUGCGGGCAACGCUGGGGAUGCUGUGGAGGCAAGCACAAGGCGGUGCGGUGA